AUGACGGCGGAACUGUGUCUAUGUUUGAAACUGUUAGAAGUCCGAGUUCCUCAAUUGAUAGACAUAAGGGAAGAAGCCAUAUUAAAAUGUAAAUUCGAUUUAGAAGGUGAUGAAUUAUAUUCCGUUAAAUGGUACAAAGAAGAAUUAGAAUUUUAUAGAUACAUGCCGGAUAAUAAUCCGAAAAUAUUAACUUUUCCAGUGGAUGGCGUUCACGUUCUUGAAUCCAAAAGCAAUGUAACUGUGAUAGCAUUAAGUCCAUUAGACUAUACGACGAGCGGAGUUUAUAGAUGCGAAGUAUCGUCCGAACGUCCUCAUUUCAAAACCGUUUACAAAAGUCAAAACAUGUCCGUCUUAGGGCUCCCUAAAACCGGACCCAUCAUCGAAGGCGUGAAAGAAACUUAUUUUUUAGGAGAUUAUAUCACCGGUAAUUGUACUUCCUCUCCGUCCAAUCCGCCGGCUCAAAUUCAUUGGUUUAUCAACGACAAAAAGGCAGAGGAUUGGCUUUUGGAAUAUUAUAAUCCGUCUAAAAAAAAAGAAAAAUAUAAUUUAGAAUCGAGAGUUUUAGGUUUGAGAUUUCAAAUCGAUAUAAAUCAUUAUCAGGGGAAAAGUCAAACGUUAUCACUGACGUGUCAAAGUUCGGUCGGUGGUAAAACUAAAACUCAAAGGAUAAACGUUAAUUUAUUAAGAAUGAUGACGAAUCAGAAAUUUGCUCAGGAACAAAUCAACAGUGGAGGGAACGCAUUCGGAAGAAAUUUAAAAAAAUUAUUUUCCUUGCUCUUCAUUGCAUCCUUCAUGAUAUUAAUAUAA